CCUAAUUUCUAGGAAAUACUUCAAGUCUGAGUAAUCGAUUCGGGAAAGUCCCUUCUGGCCUAUUUUUGCAUGACGGAAGAGAAUGUGUCGCUUGUUGAUUCGCUACAAGCGUUUGCAGAUUUGGAACGUCAGCGUUUUAUCUUAAGCAAUUCAGAACGUGUUGCUAUCGAACCGGCUUCUUGUCCUUCGAUUUCUCUGAUCAUGGCUCGCUGUCCCUUUGAAUUGACACUGAAGAAUACAGGACGGAUCGCAUUUGGUGUUAUCUUGGCGAUUCAAGCCAUUUUCCUAGCUUGCUACUCAGGCCGGUAUAAAAGUUGUGAAUGGUAUAGCUUAUUUACAGUUUUCCUGCCAGCAUUUUGUGCGUGGUGUGUGUUGUUACGUUUCAAGAAAGCCACACUUCGUUGGCUGUUAUUAGUCUGGAUUCUCUACAUUGUUGCCUUGAUAGUGAACAUCGGGAUCAUUUUUGGAUUGGUUGGAGACAAACUUGGCACCAAGAAGUUCCCGAGUCUAGGUCUCUUAAAAGGAAUUCUAUGCCUAACGCCUGCUCUGUUAUUGUUAUUGCUACACAAUGCAGAUGACCUGAAUCGAUCUCAAGAACGCAAAGAUUUAGUGUUAAAGCUAUCUUUUCAAAUGGCGAUCGAUCUGUUCGAUGUCAUUGACAUGAUAGACAUUGUUUUGGAUGACAUAGGACGCGGUAAUAGGGUUCAGAGCUCGUGUGUAGAUAUUAUAGCCACAUUAAACAGAACGCUUGUAGUGACUUUACCGAACUGCUCACUCGACAAUUCAGGGAUACCAACCUUGGAAGCAACCAAAAGCCCUGCCAUACCUCCAGUAUUCGGUGCAGUGAUGGUUGGAGUCGCGUGCUCCAGCCUCUUGUUGUCUGUAUGGCAGUGGGCUGAAAACAAGCUCUCCGCAAGUAACCCGAAGAUUCAAUUUCGAACGGCAGUUGCACGCAACGUUCUGGAGGUGAUCUUUGUCAAUUUCUUUUUCUUGAUCAUUCGUGGAGUGGUUUUUUUCAUGUUUGGCCAAGAAGACUUCGUUUUUAUAGCCAAGAAUUUCAUCGCAAUAUUUUUCUCAAUUUUGGAAAUUCACUCUCUUUGUGAAUCGCAUUCAACCAAUUUCACAACUUUAUGUAAAGAGGAAUGGCGGAAGUGCUCCGCGAGACUUAGAGAGUUCCAUCAGCGAUUGAAGCGAGUUAUGACUUGCAGAUAACUAUCUAAUAAGUUGAAAAGCAAAACACUUUGCCGGUGUCCCUCGAACAAUUAGUAUGCAUAACGUUAUAUGAUAGUUUUAAACUAUAAUUUGGUUAUUCAUGAUCUAAGGGCCUGAUUACAUGAGCCGGGCUGGCUCGGUUAGCCGGGCUGGCUCGGUUAGCCGGGCUGACGUCAGUUUGGCGGGAUCUCAACACGUUUGUCAAACGCAACAAAAAUGAACCUCGCGAUUACAUGACAACCGGGCCGGCCCGGUAAACCCAGAUCCCGGUAUCGCGGUGCCGGGAUCCCGGCUAACCAGGCUGAAAUUUUCCUAUAUAAUCGCGUUUAGCCGGCUCAGCCCGGCUCAUUAAGCCAGCAAGAGUUCAGCGGGUAAUACAAUGCUCAUGCGCAAUGGUCUCAAUUUCAUGCAAACAUGGCGGCCACGAAAUUGAAGUCGACGAUUUUGGAAUGGUGGACGACUUUCUUCGGGCGCUCGGUAAAUUCAAAGCUAAUAUGGAGUAUCGCAACGUGGACUUCAAUGCUGAUAAAACAAGCAAUAUGAAGCAGUGAGAAAGGCGAUACCGAGAAAGUAUUCUUGUGGCCAUGUUGACUUGUUUGGGCCAGAAGAAACUACUGCCAUUCCCGAAGAUGUCGAGGAGUCACAGAGGAAAGAGUUGGUGGAAAAAGCCAAUUCAGAGAAAGCGCUAAUCAAGUAAGGUUAUUCCAGGGUGAUGGAAAAGAUAAAAGAAUUGCGGCAAAAAUUUAGUAAUGCUGUGACAAUGGGAUCUAAAAGUGGUUCUAGAAAGUUGGUAAUGGAGUUCUUUGAUGUAAUGGUAAAGAUACUGAGGAGGAUCAAAAAAUCAAAGCUCGCUCCGGUCUCCCGCGGUUCAUCACCCCACUUAUCAACAGGGCUGGCUCGCCUCAUGUAAUACCGCGCUGAAUGUCAUCUCGGCACACCAAAGCAGCCCAGCUAACCGGGCCAGCCUGGCUAAUGUAAUCAGGCCCUAAGUAUUGGAAAGCUAGAGUGUUCUCACAGUAUUUAAUCUCAGCCUAGCGACCCAAAAAGACCUCGUAAGACGUUAGCAGCACAGUAAAAAGUUGCAAUAUUUUCUUUAUGUAAGCAAACGAUGCAUCACCGAUCUCAUUCUGUAAUAAUUGAUAAAUUUAGUCACUGGAAUAGAUAAAAGAAAAAUAGGAUCACUGAAGCCUUGUAACCUAGGCUUUGCCCGCCAAGAAGCUUCACAAAAAAAACAUAAAAUAAUUCAAACAACGAACGAAAUUGCUAUUUAACUUAAAUAAUGUAAAUAAUAUUGUUGUUGAGUUCAUACUGAAUUCAAAAUUAGUAUUCAAAGACAAAAUUGUGUCAUUUGCAAUGAUUUUAAAUGUUUCCACCGUUAGAGAAGGGAGAAUUUUCUAAAAUUAUUUAACCUAAAUCCUUCCAAUCAUUUGGAGGUAAACGAAGAAAAUAAUGGGCAGUUAUGAUUAGAUGCAAAAUUUGUUUUCUAAAUAAUUUAGGAAAAUUAAGAAACUCGACAGUCUCUCUUGAUGUCAAUUACAAAGACCCAUCAGGUUUUUUCAUUUGCAUUUGUUCAACUAAGCUUUCUUGGAAAAAAUUUCAUUAUUGUACUGACUUUCUCGGGAACAAUAUUCUUGUUUAAUGUACUAGCACUAACUUUGGUGUACUUUGAGUACCAUCACUGUACCAGGCCAUGGCUUAUGGCCUGGUAGAGUUAGUAAAUGUUCAAACCUACUUUCUAGCUUCAUUGGAAAUGAUGAUGAUUUUUAAAUAACAUCUGACAUGUUUAACAACCAUUUGCAACUUUGAUACCCAUUCUGUAAGGUUAUGAGUGCUUUGAGUUUGAUUGAUACUAUUACUUUUUAAGAUGCAUAUUACAACUACCAACAACUGAAGCGAGUGAUAACUUGAAGAUGAUGAUUUAAUUAAAUCACAUUUAUAUCAUAAGACUUAAUGAGUUUAGAAGCAAAUUCCUUUGCCCCUUUGCCUCGAUUAUUUUGUGUGUGAGAUAUCAUGUAAUAGUUUUGAAUUAUAUUUUAAUUAUCCACGAUCUAAGUAUUGGAACUCUAGAUGGUGAUUGAGUCUAUAAUGGUAAAAAAAAAUCAAUUAUGGUUUCUCAGUUUUAAAACCGUUGUUCACUUUAGAUGAAGACGGUAUUACGAGUUCCCUGUCAAAAUACAUUGUUUAAGACAAAAUCUCUCGGAAAAGUGCUGGCAAAGCGCUUAACACUCUGUAUGAUAAACAGAAGCAAUGAAUCAACACGAUAAGGUACCGUACUAUCUACUUUCAGAACUAAUUCAAUAAAUAAAUAACUCACUACAUUCUAUAUUUCAUUAUUGAAAGCAUUCUUUAUU